AUGGGGUUUCGAUUCGAUUUGCUUUUGUUGUUUACGACACUUGCUUUACUCUCAACAACAACUCCUACUGUACUUUCCGACGUCAUUCUCUCCAGAGUCGAUCGCCGUAUUGAUUUGAAUUCACAAAUUGUGCGCGUUACUUCUACAUUAAAGGUGGAGAAUGCCGGUCCUGAUCCGGUUUCUGAGAUUUUGCUUACCUUUCCUGAGGUUCAGGCCAAAGAUUUGGCAAUUUUGAAGGCAACCCUUCGUGAGGGUAAAGGGAAAGUGAAGAACUCAGGUAGUAGCCUCCCUGUAAAUGUUGCCAAUCCAGAGGGAAUGCCUCCAUCUCUGUUUUUUCAUUCGGUAUUGUUGCCUAAGGCAUUGGGUGAAGGGCAUAGUUUGACUAUAGAUGUCUUAGCAGUAUUUACUCAUGCAUUACGGCCAUUUCCUGAGGAAAUUACGCAAGCUGAUAUUCAGCUAGUUUUGUACCAAGAUACUGCUUACUAUCUCUCCCCUUAUGCAGUUAAGGCUCAGUCCCUUACUGUUCUGUUGCCCAAGGCUAGAAUAGAGACGUAUACGAAGUUGGAGAAUACUAAUGUCCAUGGCUCUGAUAUCAAAUAUGGCCCUUAUGAAAACCUUCCUCCCUUUUCAUAUGCACCCAUAGUUGUUCACUUUGAAACCAAUCAACCAUUUGCUGUUGCUCAAGAGUUAGUGAGGGAGAUAGAAAUUUCCCAUUGGGGCAACGUGCAAGUUACAGAACAUUACAACAUUGUCCAUGGAGGUGCUAAAAGCAAGGGUGAAUUUUCCCGGCUUGACUUUCAGGCCAGACCACACCUUCGAGGUGCAUCAGCCUUCAGGAAUCUUGUUGCAAAAUUGCCACCAAGAGCUCAUUCCAUUUAUUAUAGGGAUGAGAUUGGAAAUAUAUCAACAUCUAAUGUCUGGGGUGAUCCUAAAAAGAUAGAACUAUUAAUUGAACCUAGAUAUCCACUGUUUGGAGGCUGGAGAACUACCUUUACUAUUGGAUAUGGUUUGCCACUUCAAGAUUUUUUAUUUGGGUCAGAGGGGAAACGUUUCCUUAACUUCUCUUUUGGUUCCCCAAUAAAUGAUUUGGUCAUUGAUAAUCUUAUUGUGAAGGUUGUUUUGCCUGAGGGAUCCUACGAUAUAUCUAUUUCUACUCCAUUUCCUGUAAAACAAGGACAAGAGGCCAAAAUUUCCCACUUAGAUGUUGUUGGUAGACCAGUAGUUGUGCUGGAAAAGACCAACGUUGUUCCUGAACAUAAUCAGUAUUUCCAGGUCUAUUACAGGUUCAACAAACUUUCGAUGCUAAGGGAGCCAUUUAUGUUGAUUUCUGGAAUUUUCCUCCUCUUUGUUGCCGGCAUUGUAUACAUGCAUGUAGACUUUUCAAUCUCAAAGUCCUCUGCUUCUUAUUUGGCAAAACUGCAAUGGGAUGAGGUGCGAGCAACAAUUCAGCAAGUCCAAGGUAUCAUCAACCAAUGCUUAUCUAUCCAUGAAAAGCUAGAAGCAUCUCUGCGUGAUCUUUCUAGGACUGGGGAUGUUCAAGCUUGUAAAACUGCUCGAAAGACAGCUGACAGCUUGUUGAAAGAGUAUUCCAAAGAGUUGAAACCCUUGCUUUCAUUCUUGCAAUCUUCUCCUCAGGCUACUCAGAUAUUGCCAAAGGUGGAGGAGCUGGUGGCAAAGGAGAGGGAAUUGCAAGAGAGGCUGAUAGCGAAGCAUUCAACCAUAGUGGACUGCUAUGAGAAGAAGAUUGGAGGAAGGGAACUUGAGAAUCGGGUGGCUUCACAUCAACAAAAAGUUGUAGCUUUGAAGCAGGAGGUUGAAGAUCUUCUUGACUACAUUGAAGAAAUAUAG